UGUGUGUGUUUUGUUUUAGAGAGGUGGGUCAUGCUGAAAGAGAACACGACUCCCAGGAGGAUUAAUCAAAACCAGUCGUUACCUUGCAUGCAUAGCUCAGUCCUGGGUGACUUUUUCUUCAGCUGCACCCAUGACUUUCCAUAUACGUCUUCUACAUGGAUUUGGACUGUAUUAUUUCUUGCCAUUGCUGACACUUCUCAUGUCACAAGCCGACGGGCUGCAGUGCUACGCCUGUAACAUCAUACAUGACCAGAGGUAUGUAGACGUAGGCUGCUCCCGCCCUGAAGUCAUCACCUGCUCCCACUCACACAAGGGCUUCAAGCAUCGCUUCUGCAUCAGGACUGAAAGUGUUGCAUUGGGCAUCAUGCUGACCAGUGGCUGCGCAACAUCACGACACUGCCACACGGAGGAACUGCCGGGAGUCAAGAUCCACUGCUGCGACUCUGACCUGUGCAACAGCGCCACCCGCUGGCAAACACCCACACUGCUGCCUAUUUGCUCAUUGACGUUUGCUUUGUUGCUGCAGAGGGUGGUGCUGUCCACGAAAUAACUUUGUACUUUUAGCUUUGAAAAUCACGGCAGCUGCCCUUUCUGCCUAUUGCAAGUCAUAAAGCAGGGAACUUUAAAAUAUUUUGUGAACACAGACUCUGGAUUUUGUAUUGUGUUAAUCACAAAAGUAUUCAGUGUGUAUUAACCAAACUAAUUAUUGUUUAAUUGUUCUUAACUUAUCAGAUUUUACGAGAAGUUUAAAGUUCUCUUUGGAUCUCAGUGGGCUGGACAAAUUGAAGUGUGUGAUAUAGAUGAUUUUUAAAACUCACCAU